AUGAAAGUAGAUAUUUCUGCUGAAGGGAUUUAUGAUGCCAAAACAGGAGGUCUGUGUAUGGUAGGCUGCAGAAGGCUGAGCUCAAAGACUCAGAUUUUGACAGAUGACUCUGUAGAUUGUGAGAUUCUUGUGAACCUUCAAUUCCCUCCAUUAGGUUCAGGGAAUGAAGGGUAUAUCAAGGGAAGUAUUGAAAGCACAAGGGAAAAAUCUGACCCUCUUUACUUCAAACGUCUGGAUUUGUCUUCAACUUUUUCUAGUAAGGUUGAAGAAAGCUGGUUCAUUGGGAGGAUGGAAUUGGAGAUCAUCAUGGUUCUGAUGUCCAACACCCUUACAUGUUUCUUUGUGGGAUUGCAACUCCUUCAUGUGAAGAAGAGCCCUGAAGCCCUUCCUUCUAUCUCAUUAGUCAUGCUUGUAAUUCUUACUUUCGGGUUCAUGAUCCCUGUCGUGAUGAACUUUGAAGCCUUAUUCUUGGGAAGCUUUACUGAUCAAAAUGUUUGGCUUGACAAUGGCAGAUGCCAAAUUAGGCGAUGGAAAACAGAAGGGCUUGUGGGCGGUUGCAGAGAAGAAUGCUCUCUAUCUGUCCUCACCAUUAUAUAUAGCUGGCUGCUUAAUUUCCAUUUUUCUGAACUGCGAGCAGAACAACCUGCCUUUUCUCACCUUAUGAAUUACCAGCUGCAUUCUCUUUGGAGGGACUUGAGAUCUUGUUCUGGAUUGGUCCUUGAUUGGUUCCUUUUACCUCAAAUCCUGCUCAAUCUGUUCAUAGACUCGAGAGAAAAAGCUCUUUCUCAUGCAUUUUACAUUGGAACAACUUCCAUCAGAUUGCUCCCACAUGCAUAUGAAUUGUACAGUGCUUUGAGCUUUGCCCGAGGCUUCGAUGGGUCAUGGAGCUAUGCAAAUCCUGGUGCAGGCUUUUACACUACUGCUUGGAAUGCCAUGAUUCCUUGUGGGAGUCUGCUGUUUGCUGUGGUCCUCUUCUUGCAGCAGAAAUAUGGGGGUCUAUGCAUCCUCCCCAAGAGGUUUAAGGGCCAGAAGUAUGUGAGAAUGUAG